GCCGCUGCCAGACGCUCGGCUGGCUGUUCGUGGCCGGCGUGGCCGCCAGCUCCGCGCGGACGUGGGCCGCCAAGUGGGGCGAGUUCCACACGGACAGGACAACGUUCCUGGGCGCCUCCAAGACGUUUGGAUUCAUGGCGAUGGACCUUCUCGCCGCGAAGGUGCUGCACAACGUCAACGGCUCCUUCGGCGUUUGGUUAUUGGACGGUCUGGCGGAGAAGGUGGGCUGCAUCGUCAACAGUGUGCAACUCCUCCUCUGCGAUGCCCAUCCUGGCGCAGCACCGCCGAGCGACAGGCUACGAGGGCUGGGAGUAGUGAUUGAGGAAUAUGAGUUUGUACGGAGACUGCGCAGCCGUUGCGAUGUGUGCAGUAAAGCCGCCGUGC